AUGCGGAGUGUUGUUAUUGGAGUCUGGCCUACACUUUGUGUUUUAUAUUUUGUUGCAUCAGUAGGAGCACUUAGCGGUCCAAAUGUGUGUACUAAAGAACAAAAACAUAACAAGACUCUUUGGAUUACUUACUCUCGCCCUUAUCAAAUAAGAACAACAACAUGGUGUUUGAACAUUCCUCCAAGAUGUUCGGUUUACAGAACGAUGUAUGGAAUUUCAAACAAACAAAUAGUGAAAGAAGAAAUUGAUGUCGUCAAACGUUGUUGUUUUGGAUAUGAAGAAAAAAAUGGCGAAUGCGUUUCAAGUUUCAAAUGUGAAAAUAAUGGAACACUCUUACAGAAUGGAACAUGCCUCUGUGCACCAGCAAGUUUCAAAUGUGAAAAUAAUGGAACACUCUUACAGAAUGGAUCAUGCCUCUGUGCACCAGGUUUUCAAGGAAAAUCAUGUGAAGAAAACUGUCCAUCUGGUUACUUUGGUUUGCAAUGUAAUAAGCAAUGUGAUUGUCCAAAGUGCUUGAAUCCCAUCCGGCGCUGUGAGUGUUUUAAAGAAUCACCUGAUAAAAGUAGAUCUCAAAAUCAUUAUUUGAGUCAGAGACCUCAACUAGUUAUCAACUGCAAUGAUGGUCCUGAUUGUAAUCCAACAAAUGGUCAUUGUGACUGUCACAAGUGUAAUACAACUUGCCCAAAUGGAACAUACAAAAGAUGUACAUAUAAUUGUCGCUGUGAAAAUGGAGGAACGUGUAAGUCGUCAAGCGGAACGUGCAUUUGUUCUUUCGGUUUUACUGGCGAGCGUUGCGAGUUACCUUGUCCAAAAGGGACAUAUGGUCGUGAUUGCAACUCAAAAUGUAACUGUAGCAACGGGGCUACAUGUGAUCCAGUAAACGGUACUUGCAUUUGUGAGCCUGGCUACUUUGGGGAUACUUGUGACCAAAUAUGUUCACCAGGGACGUAUGGCGAAAUGUGUUCUAGGCAGUGUUUGUGUCAAAACAAUGGAGAUUGCUUACAUACUAAUGGAAUGUGCAUUUGCGUAUCAGGAUAUCAUGGGAAAUACUGUGAAAAAAUAUGCCCAUCAGGUACAUAUGGUUACAAUUGUUCAAGUAAAUGUAUAUGUGAACAAGCAGCUAAGUGCAAUCCAAUAACAGGAGAAUGUGAAUGUUUUCCUGGAUUCACAGGAUCGGCAUGUGAUGAAGAAUGUCCAAUUUUUACAUUCGGUUUAAAUUGCAAACAUAAGUGUGAAUGCAUGAAUGCAACACAUUGUGACAAUAUAAAUGGUACUUGUGUCUGUGAAGUCGGCUAUUUUGGAGAUAAGUGCGAAAAGGAAUGUCCUCAAGGGUUUUAUGGACCGAGUUGUAAUAAUAAAUGUGAUUGUCUCAAUGGUGCUACAUGCUUGCAUACCAUAGGCAGUUGUAAAUGCCCAGAAGGUUAUACUGGAGAAAAGUGUGAGUCGACUUGCCCAAACGGAUAUUUUGGACAAAACUGUUCUAAAGUUUGUGAUUGUAGAAACUUCGCCAAAUGCAACCAAAUCAAUGGAAACUGUGAGUGCUUACCUGGAUAUAUUGGCAAGCAAUGUGAUCGCCGAUGUCCUAAUUUAACCUAUGGGUUGAAUUGUGCUCACUCCUGCAAUUGCAGCAAUGGUGCAACCUGUGACCCCGUCAAUGGAACAUGUAUUUGCAAUCCCGGCUAUAUUGGAGAACAAUGCGAUAUGAUUUGUCCACCUGGAUGGCAUGGUCCACAAUGUAACAGAGGCUGCAGAUGUGGAAAUGGUGGUAGCUGUCUUCAUACAACAGGAGAUUGUCUGUGUCUUCCAGGUUACUUUGGAAAAUAUUGCGAACAGCUGUGUCCUCAAGGAUAUUUUGGUAUGAAUUGCUCAUUAAAGUGUGAGUGUCUUCAUGCAACUAGUUGCAAUGUCUUUACAGGAGAAUGUGAAUGUCUUGCUGGAUAUGCUGGAAGACAAUGCAAGGAAACAUGCAAGGUAGGAUACUUUGGUCAUAAUUGCAGUUACCUAUGUAACUGUAAUCAGCAUACUUCGUCAGGAUGCAAUCCUUUAACUGGAGAAUGUAUUUGCAUAUCUGGUUGGCAAGGUACUCGAUGUGAUGAGCAAUGUGGUCCCUUAAAUUGGGGACCGAACUGUCAGACACCAUGUUAUUGUACUAAUAACAGCACUUGUCAUCAUGUAACUGGAAAAUGUUUGUGCUCAAGAGGUUGGACCGGGGCAGACUGUUCACAAAGAUGUCCAAAAGGCCGCUGGGGUUUAGACUGCAAAGGAAGAUGUGUUUGUGAGCAUGGUGCUGCAUGUAAUCAAACUGAUGGUCAUUGUCUCUGCUUACCAGGAUGGACUGGAGAUGACUGUUCUAUUCCUUGCAUGAAUGGAACCUAUGGAUUUUAUUGUCGUGAAACGUGUAAUUGCCACAAUGGUGCUACUUGCCAACCAAAUAAUGGAAUUUGUCGUUGUCAACCAGGAUGGAUGGGACCACGUUGUGCGGAUGCUUGCCCAGAAGGUUUCUAUGGAAAUCACUGUAUGAAAGUCUGCGAUUGUUCUUAUGGUUUCAUCUGUGAUCCUAAAGAUGGAUGCGUCAUCGAAAAAAUAAAUGCAGUUGAACUAAGCUCCACAGAAAGUAGUCAUUGGUGGAUAAUUAUAAAAAUGAUUGGAAUUAUAUCAGUUCUGAUAAUAAUAGUUAUGAUCAUCAGGGGACUAUCGAGGAAAUACAAGAACAGGAAGAGACAUCUAAGUACAGAUUUAUCAACAGUAUAUCAAGGUGAAUGUCGUAGUGUUUUAGAUACUCAACACUUCAAUAAUCCAAUAUUUUCAAACGUCCCCUGGCCAGAUGAUUCAGGUUUAGAUAAUUCCCCUGAUGUAAAUAAUGAUGAUAACAUUGACUAUGAUAAAUCAAAUUUUUCAACUUCAAAGGAUGUGGAUAUGGACUGCGCAAGUGAAAUAGGUACAAGUAUUGCAUCUGGUUAUAGCAGCUUUAACGAAUUUGAUGAAACUGAAACAAAGAUGUAGUUAGAAAGUUUGAUGUAUAAAGAAGGUAGUUUUAAGAGAAGUAAUUCAAAGUUUAUUUUGAUGUUUAAAAGUUGAAUUAAACAGAGUGAUUUAGAAAAAUAUAACGCACAUAAGAUACUUCACACUGAAAAUUUCUGAACUAAACUGUAAGAAAACAUGCUAACUUUAUCUAUUCCAACUUCUUUAAGUAAUACAAGUUGAAGAAACACUUUUCAUACAGUUUAAUGCACACAGAUUAUUGAAGGUUCAACUUUAUCCCAUAUUGACUUUCGACCAAAAAUAGAUUUGCCUUUGCCUUUCGACCAAAGAUAGAUUUGCCUUUGUACAUAAUCAACUCGCAAACUUAGAAUGCCCAUUAUUACACAAGAAAAUACCUUUACAAAAUUAUUCAUGAACGUGAAAAAUGGAAUGAAUAAUAAAAUUCCUCUGGUUUAAACUAAAUCCAUGAUAAAAUUGAUACCACAAUGAAUUGUGUUUGCAACAUAUAUUUGAAAAGUUUUAAAAUAGUAUAAUUUACUGUAAAGUAUACAGUGGGGAUUUUUAUUAAAGUAAAGAGUGUAAUAUCAAUGUAAAUAGAUGCUACUGUACAUAUUCUAUGCCAUUUUAUCUUCAUUAAAUUUUAUCUUUUGAAAACUACAUUAUACCUUUUUAUUUAUUUUUCCUUGUACAUGCUUAUAAAACUUUAAAGUUACAUAUUUUUUCUUAUCUAAAUAUAUUCUCCCAGUAAAUCAGCAUAAUAUGCAAGCAUUGAUGCAUAAACAGUAACUUUGACCCUUACGAAAUGUUUUGGAAUAUUUCACAGACCAAGACACAGAUUAUAGAAUGAGCAACAAUAUCUGCCUGGCUAUUAUUAAUGUGAUUGCUUGCAAGCAACAAUUGUCAUGUCGCUGAGUUUUUUUAUAAAUGACAUAUUUUCAUAAACAUUUCAUAUGCAUUUUAGUGCAGAAACCCUUUGAGAGGGUUUGGCUUCUGUACUCAAGCUUUUCAUUUUAUUAGACUUAAUUUAUAACACAUGGUUUAACGAUGUUUGGAAAACAAUGUUUAAUUAUGGCAAUAAAAGGAAGCAUUUA